GAAAAUACUAUUCGUCAUUCCAUCUUUUCUCUCUCUCUUUCUCUACCAAUCUCCGGCUUGACACCAUGGACUCCAGUGCCACCCAAGAACUGAAACACAGAACCAAAGACCAACCUCAUCAAGAGGCCGUCACCGGCACAAACAUGAAGACUCAAAAGCAGCGGGCGUCGACGAUGCCAAGACGUGGCAUCCGAUCACUGGCUGUAGGUAUCGCGGUCCCUCUAGCUCUCACCUUAGCCAACAUCUCCUUGUUCGGUUGGAAUCGGAGUUACAGGACUACCCAGAAGGCCUUCUGGAUCCCACCGUUGUGGGCUCUGCAUUUGACAUGUCUGUCUUCAGCUUUCGUGAUGGGUUUAUCCGGCUGGUUGGUUUGGGCAGAAGGCGGGUUCCAUAAAAUGCCAAAAGCGAUGUGGUUUUACUUGGGUCAGCUGGGCCUGAGCCUAGCUUGGGACCCGAUAUUCUUCAGGAUGGGUGCCCCUAAGGUCGGCUUAUUAGUGUGUUUGGCUCAAAUGGCGACUCUCUUGUCUUGCUCUCGGAUGUUCGGCCGGAUAAACCAGACGGCAGGUGACUUGGUGAAGCUUUGUUUGGUCUGGUCCGGGUUUUUAACACUUGUCAACUUGUAUUUCGUAGUUUAAUUCAUAUAUAUUAUAUAUAUAUGCACAUGAUCAUGAUCAAGCCAUGAAGGGAGGAAGUGUACGUUUUUCACUUUUUUGUAUAUAUAUAAAAGUUUCUGCUUUGGGUAUCA